AUGCCGGGGCUUCUGGUUUCUCAACCCUCCUUUUGUAUACACGAUCCAGCUUUGAAUAAUUUAGCACAAAGGAGCUAAAAAAGGUGCUCCCUUGAAACAGCAGGUAUUUCCAAACUCAAACGGAGAGAGAGCUUUAUCUCAUCUCCACGUCCACCCACUCCUCACACGCAGCUCUUCGGUUGCGCUCUUGUGCCCAGCGCUUCGAUCAAGCUGUCUAUGAACCAAUUCUUUCAUCUGCACGUUCGUUAAUCGCACCCGGGGUCCGAGGUGUCCAGCUGAUGUCAAUUUGCCCGAGGUAAGAAAGUCGGCGGAUGGACUGACGGGUUCUCCACGUCCCCUCCUCAGCCAACCACCAUGGAGGAACUCCAGAGAAAACUCAAUCAACGCUAUGAAGGCACCAAGCCCAGAAAGGUGAGGUUCAAGCUGGCGUCGUCCUACAGCGGCCGGGUGCUGAAGCACGUGUAUGAGGACGGUCAGGAGCUGGAGAGUCCGGAGGAGAAAUACCCUCACAGCUUCGUUCACCGAAAGAUCCCUCCCAGCCACUUGGAGGUGGAGCAGCUCUGUGGGUUUCAGGAGCCCCACGGGGACCAACCGGUUGUGUAUCCUCCAAAGGGGCUCAUUGCCCAGCGGAUAAACGUGUACAGAGGAGUGGGAAGCUACGAGCCGGCUGCAGGCCAGACUGAAGAAGCACAAGGAGAUGCUAAAUCCCCAGUGUUGGACUUUGGCAAGAUAAUCAUCUACACCAGUAACCUGCGCAUCAUCAGAGCGCCACAGAGGACACCCGAAGCGUCGCGGCACACGCUGCCCCCCGUGGACAUGGAGGGAUACCCUAAGGCCAGGGAGAGGGGGAGCCGGAGGAGGGCUAAAGCUCUUCUUACCCUGGAUGUGGAGGAGAAGGAGGGGAAACAGAUCAGCCACAUAGAGACCAAGGAGGCCGACAGCUGCCGGCAUUGUCGCGGCUCGGGCUGCGCUCCCUGCUCUCUGUGUCACGGCAGCAAGCUGUCCAUGCUGGCGAACCGCUUCAACGAGUCCAUCAGUGAUCUGCGUUGCCAAGCCUGCUACCCUCACGGUCUGGAGAAGUGCCAGUCCUGCUCCAGCAAAUAGCACUGUUUGGCUGCCACCCAUGUCUGGCUGAGAGAGUGAGCGAGUGAGUGAGUGAACGAGAGUGUGCGGCAGUGAGUGAGUGCGUGCCUGGUGUGCAGCGGGUUUAUCACGAUCGUCUCAGCGGGCAGAAUUGCUCCGAUCCAAAGUGUUGUCGGUGGGGUGUUUCGAGGUUUCCCCGCUAGGAAACAUAAGCCGUCAUUGGAAAGGGGAAUUAUGAGCUGCGCCGUGGGCCCAAAAUUAUAAAAUACAAUUACUGUGUGCAGUGAACAUGGCUCGCGAUAACACAAACACAUAAUCGCUUUUGUGUUGUCGUGUUAUUUUGCAUCUGCGCCCUCCUUCCUGAUGAGAACCGUGUUCCACAAUCAGUUUUAUUGAAACAUUUUGCCCGUUCUCUUCAUGUGCUGGGAAUAAGGCCCUGUUCAAGUCUCCCCUCUCUAUCCACCAGAGAAUAAAACAUUUUACAACAUAAUGUUAUAUGUUGACAUAAUGACAUUGGGCAAUUUUUUUUAAUGGAGGGAAAUAGAGACUCUGGGAUGGAAAGAGACAAUAGGAACUACAGCCAGAAUAAUAGACGAGCGAGUGGUCGAAAAGGAGACAGUUGCAUGAAUGCUAACAAAACAACUUGUUUGGUCAGUGAUUCAUGUGCAUUCAACCCAAUAAUUGCAAAUAGCACUUUUUUUAGGCCCCUAUUUGAAAAUGAAAAGGAGAGCAGAUACUUUGAUUGGAAUUUGACUGGAGGAAAUCAUAAUGUUUUGCUUUUUUAUAAAUAGUGUUAUACCUGAGAUGAAAUAAAACAAAUAUUUUGUUUGUUCACCUUGUUGUCCACAAUGAUGAUGACUUGUAUCUACACUAUAAAAGAAGGUCCUAGACAGCAACCUCAUGUUCAUUCUUCUGUAAAUGGCUUAUCGUUAUUUAUUUUUAUGGCAGCAGUCGGGACAAAUCUAAAUUCAACCGGUAGUCGGAGCGGCAUCACAUCUCUAACGACGCCGCGUGUGACUGUAAUGUGUUAAAGUCAUUGCUGAAAUGCUUGAGGUGUUUUCACAGUAGGGUGGGAACGUUUGUUUCUGUGAUCCCGGCUGGAGAAGGAAAAUAAAAAGUCACAAUAAAAAACAGAUGCAACACGCUG